AUGCCAACCGAGGACUCCGCCCCCCGCAAGGCGCCGUUCGACUAUGCCCACGCCUCGAUCGCCGACAUUCGUAAAGCGGCCUCGGAAGUCGAACAACGAGUCGCGGACCGACGCAAGCAGCUUGAACAACAGGCCGACGGCGAUAGUCAGGAGAGGGAGAGGGAGAGAGCAACCAAGGUGUUGCAAAACCGGUAUAGGUACUUUUGGGGUGGGGAUUGUUCGAGCUCGGUUGGGGUGGUGUUCCGGGGGGGGAGUCCCGUGCUUUUGUGGCUGGGGUCACAUGAUAAGAGCCCACCGGUGUAUUUUGAGCCGUUCGAUCUCCACGACUCGAUAAAGCUCGUGCCACGGGCCGCGGAUCGAUUCUGAUUCAAUCGCAAGCCACGGAUUAUCUUGCACGCAUAUACUCACGCCAUUACUACUGCUGACAGGGCUGGUCGACCGCUCAACCUAACGAGCUCGGAACGAUGGACUGAAGGCAUGCGAGCCAGGAAGCUAUCCGGCGCCGGCAAGGAACAAGACCAUGGUGUGAACGAUGCGAGUGAGUACCGCUGCUGUUAUGGCAUGAACUCGUGAAUCUAGUAGCUUGCAUUCAUGCUUAUACUGAUCAUGUCUUGCACAGCCUCGCGAUGGAAGCGGUCCGAAGUCUAUGCCGCCAAGUUGUCCGAAGGCCAGCAUGCGAAGAAGGGGGCUCUCGAGUUGACCGAAGCGGAAGAGAUGAAGCGCUUUGGGAGGGUGAGUUCACUCGCUACAUGUCCUUAUUUUUUGUCAUGCACUCAUCAUCUCGACUAUAUUUCCCGCAUUCCUCAGAACAAGAAAGAGCGCAAGCGAAUCAGGGAGGAGCGAGAAAUUAGUCAGCAGAUGCAGGCGCAGUACUGGCUCGAGAUGGUCGACGCCAAGCAUCGGUACGGGACCAAUCUCAAGGUAGGUACCGGUCCAGCUCCCAGCUUGCGUGAAGAACGCGAGCUGACCGGUUGACGUACGCGCCUACAGUGGUACCACAAAGCAUGGAACGAGAGUGACUCGCCCAUGAACUUUUUCAAGUGGCUCGACGAAGGACCGGGCAAAGAACUCGAUCUGGAGCAAUGUCCGCGGGCUCGACUUGAGAAGGAAAGGAUCACGUACCUCACCGCAGAGACACGCAAGAACUAUCUUGUCCGCGUCACGGACGAGGGCAAGUUGGUCUGGGCUCGGAACGGCGGCCCCGUCGAUACGAGCAAGUUCCACAAGGACGGUGGACCCGAGACGGGCAUCGUCAAGAUCUCGAAGGAGGAAUACGAGGCGAAGGAGAAGGAGGCGAAGGAGAAGAGGAGGAAGAUUCGGGACAACGGCGGCAAAGAGGUCGAUAGCAGCUCGUCGAGUUCGAGCGACGAAGCGGAGGAGAUCUUUGAGGGUGCUCAGCCCUAUGAUGACAAGGUCGGUCCGCGCUUCUCUUGUAUAUAUCCCGUUCGCGCAUUAGCUAAUUCUAGCCAUUCGAUUCUUUACAGGGGGGAACGGCCGGCUCGGGCAAAGGCGUUCAACAGUUCAAAGCGCGAGUCUCUUACUAUACCAGCCCGCGAGCGGUGGCGGACCAAAUGCUGCGCAAGACAGUCAGCAAGAACACGUAAGCUAAUUUCCCUUUCCCCUUUCCUCUUCCUCGUGAAAAGACCUAGCACCCGGCCAGACGUGGACGCAUUUACCAAACUCUCGAAACAUUUCUCCCAUAUGGGUUCUUCUAGGUGGCUAUAUGUUGCCGAUCUCAAGGCAAGCUCUCGUGAUGGGACCUGUUGGGACGGAGUCGACGUCGCGCGUGUCCAUGCUAACACACAAUCUAUUUCUCCCAUCCUCCAGGGCAACCUGUACGUCAGUCUUAAGGUCACUGGCAAGCUGCAACACUCGUCGAUCCUUUACGGCGCGCGCGUCAUGUCCGCCGGCUUGAUCAAAGUCGACAACGGCAGCCUGACCAGUCUCUCUCCUCUAUCGGGCCAUUACCGAGCUGGGACGAUGCAUUUCAAAGCCUUCGUUCGGAGCCUCGAAGAUCGCAACGUCGAUAUGAGCUCUGUUUCCAUCUCCAAGAGCGUCAUUACGAUCCGAGCGUUAGAGAAGUACGGCAAGUUCUCGAAGAAGAAGGCCUCGCUCACGGAUAAGAUCAAAGCUGGGUUGGGGAUGGGCAAGACGGAGGAAGAGGAGAAGAAGGAGGAGAGGGAGAAGGAGGAGAAACUGGUGCAGAAUCAACGCGUGGAAUUGGAAAAGAAGCAGGAUGAGGACUCGUCUUCUUCGGAUUCCCAUUCGGAGUCUGAUGAGGAGGAUAGGGGCAAGAAACACCGGCGCAAGUUGACGAAUAAGCUGCCCGGAGAAGGGAAGAAGGUCGAGGACAUGACCGAGGACGAGAGGACGGAAAGAGGAGUUGCCCUCAUCCAGAGGGCUUUCGAACGAGGUCUAAACCUCGAGGAGAAGAGGAUCGCGGAGCACGCGACGGAGAAACAAAAGGAGCUGGAGGAGGAGCACGCGGAAAAGAAGGAGGAGUCGAAGAAGUCGCAGUAA